UCCCCCCUUCCCCACUGGAGCGGCUGCGCAGAGGAGCCAGGUGCUUGCUGGGGCCCGGGCUGUGCAAGGACGCCAGGGGCUGGGGGGUGCCGCUAGCCCGCCUGUGCAGAUCCCAGCCGGGAGGCGCCCUCGCCAUUGUGGCCUUGCUGGGUGGGCGCAUCCGGCUCCCCAGGCAGGGCCCCAGCGACUGUGGGCACCAUGGGCCAGUGCGGCAUCACCUCCUCCAAGACUGUGCUGGUGUUCCUCAACCUUAUCUUCUGGGGGGCAGCUGGCAUUUUAUGCUAUGUGGGAGCCUAUGUCUUCAUCACUUACGAUGAUUAUGACCACUUCUUUGAAGAUGUGUACACUCUCAUCCCUGCUGUGGUGAUUAUAGCUGUAGGAGCUUUGCUUUUCAUUAUCGGGCUAAUUGGCUGCUGUGCCACAAUCCGGGAAAGCCGCUGUGGAUUGGCCACGUUUGUCAUCAUCCUACUCUUAGUUUUUGUCACAGAAGUUGUUGUAGUGGUUUUGGGAUAUGUUUACAGAGCAAAGGUGGAAAAUGAGGUUGACCACAGCAUUCAGAAAGUAUAUAAGACCUAUAAUGGAACCAAUCCUGAUGCUGCUAGCCGGGCUAUUGAUUAUGUACAGAGACAGCUGCGCUGUUGUGGAAUUCACAACUACUCAGACUGGGAAAAUACAGACUGGUUCAAAGAAACCAAAAAUCAGAGUGUCCCUCUUAGCUGCUGCAGAGAGACUGCCAGCAGCUGUAAUGGCAGUCUGGCCCAUCCCUCCAACCUCUACGCUGAGGGGUGUGAGGCUCUAGUUGUGAAGAAGCUACAAGAAAUCAUGAUGCAUGUUAUCUGGGCAGCACUGGCAUUUGCAGCCAUUCAGCUGCUGGGCAUGCUGUGUGCAUGCAUCGUAUUGUGCAGAAGGAGUAGAGAUCCAGCUUAUGAGCUCCUCAUCACUGGCGGAACCUAUGCAUAGUAGAAAACUCAAGCCUGAGCUUUUUAGUCUUGUUCUAAUUUGGAAGGUGAAUUGAGCAGGUCUACUGCUGUUGGCCUCCACAGUUCAUUUAGUUUAAGCACACAUGUCAGACAGAGCAGCUUGGUUCUUCAUGUGCCCACUUACUUUCCUUCCCAUUUAAGACUUCCUUUUCCCCUGUUCUAAUGGACUCUUCACAUCCCUAAGUUUUUAAGUAAAGUGGUAAAUGUUCUAAUUUCAGAGCCAUUUGCAAGUUGUGUCGUGUGGUAGAAUUAAAGGAGGACGUGGACUGCUUCUGUUUCCUCCCAGCAGCAAUGGGACUGCUGCUGAAGUACCACUGGGUCCUUGGGGUACCACCAUGGACAGCUCUUGGCCAGACGUUUUUUGGGGGAAGGAGGAGUUAACACCAGGUGGUGCCCCUCAUCAGUGUCCUUUUAAAAACUAUAUACCAUAGUCCAAUAUGACAGCAGCUAUACAAAAUGGCUAAAAUAGAUUUUAGUAUUAUACAAUGUACACCUUAGUUCAUCUUCAAAAUCAGAUUGAUCUUUGAAACUAGAGGUUUUUAAUUAAAGCUGGCUUUAUAGGAGGAGUAUAAUGUAAUGUAUGCACUACUGUUUUAAAACAAUUAGAGUGUGUGUGUUUGUAUGAUUGAGCCCAUUCAUUGUAAGUCUAAUUUUGUUAGAAAUAAUGUACCAUGUAGACUAGCAAAAUAGUAUGUAGAUGUGAUCUCAGUUGUAAAUAUAAAAAUCUAAUUCAAUAAACUCUGUAUUAUCCCUUAA